AUGUCGGUCAAACUCACGCUUUCGCUGUUGCUAGCGAUGUUCGCUGUAGCGCACUCCGCGAGCAUUUUAGAUUACCUCGACUGGGAGGACGGGAAGAAGUUGAUCGACGUCCCUGAACUCCGCAACGACCAGCCGAACCGCAACUGCAUGUGCAAAGGUCCCGCCUGCGUGUGCUGUGUCGACUUCAACAUCACAUUAGUGGACCUUGGAGGACCAGGUUGUGUCCACAUGAAAUACGUUUCUCCCGAAGAUGGUUUUUCAGUGAACGUCUCUUAUGGGAAAAAUCUCCUGCACAGCUCGAAGAUCCAAGGUGCAAAUCCAGCACCAAUUUGUCUGGAGGUGUUCGGCAGGUUCGCCCAAGUGUGUGCGAAGUUCAGCGAUUUGGCGCCAACAGCUGACGGGCUGCGAGGGUGUCUCGAGUUGGAGCCUCGUUUACUUGGAGAAACUCAGCUAGAGUUCCCUAUCGGCUGCUUCAAGUCCACCGCUGGCGGCAUGGAGAUGGAAGAACCGCCGGCGGAGACGGAAGAAACGACACAAGAAAACGAAGAGAGCACACCAGACAACAAUGGCUUCGACGCGGAGACCUUCCUGUUAGGCUUCUAUCAAACGGCGGAGCAAGGAGUGGCCUUCCUCAGCAGCCUCCUUGACUUGCCCAACAAACUGAACGUCACCAAACCCAUCAUCCCCCAGUCAACCACCCAGAAACCUGAAGAAACCACCCUCGCUGAGGCCUCCCGAAGAGCCCCGAAAAGCCUCAAACAUCCCAACCAACUGUGAUAGUAUAUUAACUACUUAAGGCCGAUACUAAAACGGACGCGUUUUCGUGGGAAUUCGCAUCGUACAUAAACGUAAUAACACUUGUCUACGACACCAUUGAUAUAAUAAGUAAGCACCCUAGAUUGAACAUAAGCGCUCAAAAAGUGGGAUGAAAAGUUAGAGCAGAAAUAGCGAUGCAUGCUCUGACAUUCUGUAGUAUUCCAUUCAUGUUGAUUUCUAUAACCCAACCGCUUUACGAAUCCCCACGCGCUAUAGAUGCUAAGACGACGACCGUACCUUCGUAUUUUUUGAGGUUUUUAUUGAAUCUAGAUAGGUACCGUUGCGUAUGAGUAUAGCUAAGGUAAGUUUAAGUCAAGUUUUCGUCGUCUUUUUGUAUAACGCGCUUUAUCUACGUUACUUAUACGAACAACUUGCACCCGGUACGUUUGUGUCAUGUUCAUGGAUGUUCGUAUUAAUUUGCAACAGACGAAUUCAUACGAAAAUGCGUCCAAAGUGCAUCCGGCCUAUAAUAUUUAGUACAAAACGGCAUUUCAAUAACUUAUUAACUUGCCACACUGUGACUUUGCUUGUGUUUUGUAGCAACUCAUCCUAUUUAUUGCUUUAAUUAUUAUUUUUAC